AUGUCUGCCACCCGCAAGAGAAAGGCCGAAGAGGAGCCCGAGGAGCUCGUCUCCCUCCCUGAGGAUUCUGACGGUGAGGAGGAAGAGGAGUACGUCUCCACCGGCGGUGAGGAAGAUGACGUUGAUGACGACGAAGAGGAUGAAGAGUUCGACAGCGAGGCAGGAGGCGAGGACGAAGAGGAAGAGGAAGAGAAGACCACAGACAAAGCCCCUCCCAAGAAGAAGCUAAAGACGGCAGCUGCCGAAGACGAGGAGGAAGAGGAACAAGACGACGAGGAGGAGGAAGGUGACGAAGAGGAAGAUGAGGAGGAGGAGAUUCCCGAAGACGAGGAGGACGACGACGCCGAGGUUGAGACCGAAGAGGGCAGCCCCAAAAAGGCCCAGCGCUCUGCUUCCAAGGCUGUGGACGAAGAUGACGAGGAGGAGGCAGAUGCCGCCAAGGCUGCUGCUGGUGGCGAUGAUGAGGAGGAGUAA